UAUGCAUCCUCACUGUGUGCAACCGAGAUGACAUGAGCAACCGGCAGUUACACAGAGCAACAGCUGACAAUGUGAUCAUACAAAAUAAAAACAACAACAACAUGUAAAAACUCGAAGCUUCCAACUUUCGUUUUGUUUGAGGAGAGGGACGGGGUCUUCUGCUAUUUGACAUUCGUAUUCUUGGAAAGACGUGCCCUUUUUUGUCAGACGCGAAAACUCCUCGCAAUCAUGCAGCAAUCAUUUUGAUCAUCACGGCCCCACCGAGAGCCGUGAGAACCCACGUUCACCGCACUCGCCACGAACUUCAGCUCUCUGAGCAAACGCGACAUCUGGAGAGCUUUUACGCACAGAGGUGAGGCGCAGAGGCGACACGCUGCAUGCAACACGAAUGCAUAGACGUGCAUAAAAACUCUCACCCGACUAAAAAUACUUUUUCUAGAAUUAUUUAAUGAAAUUGUAAUAUUUUCUUCGCGCAUCCGCUCCUCGUUUCGUGUGAUACGGCCGAAACGACCUGAUUGUAGGACUAUAUAACAAACCAAUCUGUAAUCACUCGCCAUGGAAGUGAAUCUAAGUAACUUGAGCGUGCUGAACUGGGAGCAGGUGAAGCGUCUGGAUGUCAUCCUCACCGAAUCCAUCCCCAUUCACGGCAAAUGGAACUUCCCCACUUUGGAGAUGAAACCUCGUGAUAUCGUCAAAGUCGUGCGGUGUCGCAUGGAAGAGCGCAAGAUUCACGUCCGAGAGGUCCGACUGAACGGUUCCGCGGCCAGUCACGUUCUCCACGAGGACAGCGGUUUGGGCUACAAGGACCUGGACCUCAUAUUUUGCGCGGAAAUGAAAGGAGAAGUGGAGUUUCAGACCGUCAAGGAUAUCGUUCUCGACUCCCUCCUGGAUUUCCUGCCUGAAGGAGUGAAUAAAGAGAAAAUCACCCCAGUUACAUUAAAGGAGGCUUAUGUGCAGAAGAUGGUGAAAGUGUGUAAUGAUUCAGACCGUUGGAGUCUAAUCUCCCUCUCCAACAACAGCGGGAAGAACGUUGAACUGAAGUUUGUGGAUUCCCUGCGGCGUCAAUUUGAGUUCAGCGUUGACUCUUUUCAGAUCCGUCUGGACUCCCUCCUCCUCUUCUACGAGUUCUCUGAAAACCCCAUGGCUGAGACAUUCCACCCCUCCAUCGUGGGAGAGAGCGUUUACGGAGACUUCAAUGUAGCCUUGGACCACCUGCAGCGGAAACUAAUCUGCACGCGAAAUCCAGAAGAGAUCCGGGGCGGCGGCUUGCUGAAGUACUGCCACCUGUUGGUGCGAGGUUUCUGUGCGGCUUCGGAAGUCGAGAUGAAGCUUCUCGAACGCUACAUGUGUUCCCGGUUCUUCAUCGACUUCUCAGAUGUGGCAGAACAAAGGCGCAAAUUAGAGUCAUAUCUGCAGAAUCACUUUGUGGGAUUAGAGGACCGGAAGUACGAGUACCUGACCAUGCUGUACAGUGUAGUCAAUGAAAGUACAGUAUGCUUGAUGGGACAUGAAAGGCGACAGACUCUGAGCCUCAUCACCAUGUUGGCAGUACGUGUUCUGGCAGAGCAGAAUGUAAUUCCCAAUGUGGCUAACGUCACUUGCUAUUACCAGCCUGCACCGUACAUUGCGGAUGGCAACUUUAGCAAUUACUACAUUGCUCAGGUGCAGCCAGUCUAUGCCUGGCAGCCCACCCACACAUUCUCACCAUGGUUGCCCUGCAACUGAUAGACUGUUAACUCACAUUUUGCCCAACAUGUCUAAUUAGAGCACUCGCCCAAUGAGACCAGUUGGCAAGUCUGUAUUUGUGUGCUCUACAACAUGAGGAAAAUCCAAGACUUUCCCGAUUGACUGUUGCCUGCUUGCUGCAAGGAGAAGCUAUGAGCGCGCCGGAUGAGAGAAAGGGUAAAAACUUGUAUUUGUUCCAAUCGGGCAGCACGUUCUACCUAGGCUUUCCAUCUGCCAGACCUACAGAAGCACAACACUGGCUGAGAGGAAACACCAUGGAAACUCUAUGAAGAGCAUCUGAGUAAUACAGACACAAAAGGGAUUAUCUUUGUGUUUGUGUACAUAUGUGUGUAAUAGACAUACUUGAAGAAUCAAAGGUAUACCGCAUAAUGUGUUGAAAGGGCAGACAGAUUAGCAAGAUAACUUUUUUGAUGCUCGUUACUCAUGCUAUCAGACUAAAAUCAAUGGACACUUUUUUCAAGCCAAGGAUAUUCUCAUAGACACCAGAUACCCAAAACAGAUUAUCAGUUAAGUGCCUUAAACUGAAAAAUUAAAGUCACUCUGUGAAUGACCCCGAAGUAUGUGUCACGACAUGUUUUUGGAGACACAUAUGAGUGAAGGUAGUGUAAAAUAGCAAAUGGAUGAUAAAUUUUGAAGGCCACUUGAUCAUGAACUUCCAACAGAUAGUUGUAAGACCUAUUUAUUAUAAUUUAUUAAUUUGGGGGGUCCAUAUGAAAUAGUUGCAUAAGAGCCAUUUUUCCAUCCGAGGCACUGGCAAGAUUUGUAUAUCUGUGUGUAAGACUGUACAUGAGAGUUUUCCCACAGCUUCUUGUCUCAUCUAAACUGACCUCAAUGUACUGUUGGCUCAGUGCUGGCUUAGCUCAGAUUAAAAUGUCCAGGGCAAUGCCAUUACAUCUAAGGCAGAGAAGUAAAACAGGUUGCGGCUGAACAGGAAGAAAAUUUAUAGUUGGUUAAGUCCAAAUUGUUGUUGUUAUAUCUAGGUUACCUGGCGUUUUUCUGAUGGCCUAAUUAUUACACAGCCACCAAAUCCAGAGAUUAUACCUUUUACACUUCUGACCUGCAUAACCUGGGGGAUGAAGACCAACAGAGACACAGCAGUAAGAGGCAGAAGCUCAUUUAAGGGAACCAGAACAUAUACCAAAGAUAUUCUUGAUAUUCCUCAAGAUUGUGAAGCAACAAUACUUGA